AUGCCUCUCAUCAAUGGGCAAAAGAUGGCCUGCGAGCCUUGCAUUCGCGGCCAUCGCUCAACCAAAUGUACACACGCCAAUGAGCGCCUGAUGGUCCCCGUCCGAAAACCCGGCCGGCCUCUCAGCUCUUGUCCUCACCCCCCUUCAAAGCCCUGCUCAUGUGGGCAAGUGACUGCUGCCAUCCCCAGGAAGCAGAAAUGUAACUGCGGCCCUUCGACUCCUGCAACGCAGACCCCAGGUGCAACGAAUGGAGACUCUACUCCUGAAGACUCCGACACCAAGUCUCCAUCGCCAACUGGAAGCAAGGCCCCGAGUACGAGCUUUCGGGUGCAGAAAACCAGAAGAGGAUCGACACGGAAGCAGUCUAUUGACCCGACCAGCGUGGAAAGGACAGACCAAAGCCAACUAAACAUUAUGCCCGCCCCGAAUGGCCUGAACGGAGCCGGAGCCGGAGCCAUUUCACCAACAGAGACGGCUUCUCCAAUGUCUGCGCCGAGCCAGUAUGGUCCUGCAGGCAUGCCGUCAAUAGACCAUCAGAUCAACCCACAGCAGUAUAUGAUUCCCAUGUUCCAGCAACCUAUCCCAAAUCAGAUGUUCUUCCCACCCGCGCCCAAUGGAGGUAUACCACAGGCUCCUACAAAUGGUGCUGCAGCAUCUGGAGGCUGCUGUGGAGGUGGGGUGGAUGCGAAACGAGAAGAGAGCGAUGAAGACUUGCUGGAUUCCCGACAAAACUCUGUCAGCAAUGCACCCAAUGGACAAAGCAACUCGGGGGUUAAAGCGAAGAGCUGUUGCUCUUCAAAGGCGGAGAACUUCGAACCAGAGGCACCAACAACAACGACGUCUGAUAUGCAGGCACACGCUGGACCGAUGAUGAUGCCUCAGUUCCCGACUCCGAUGGCCACACCUCCCAACAUGUAUCCCUACUUCGCACACCCAGGAAUCUUCACAUACCCCCCACAGUACGGAACCUUUAUGCAACCGUUGCAGCCAGAUCAAUGGAAACAGAUGAUGGCCGCAUUUAACUAUGGUCAAAUCGCCGCACAACAACAGCAUGCCUUUGAGAUGAUGAAUGCUGGCAUGAGUAAUGGGCCGGUAGCAACUCCAACAGCCCCUCCUACGCAUGGCCAAGUCUUUGAGGCCAAAGCGGGGGGGACGUCACAUCACUGUUCGUGCGGACAAGAGUGUCAAUGUGUGGGCUGUGCUACGCAUCCAUAUAAUGAUGCCACUAAAGACUAUGUUCGCUCUGCAAUGUUAGAUCAGCAAGACGAACCGGUCGGAAAUGGCGAUCUGAUGAAUGGACAUACUAGCGAGCAAGGUUCAUCUACUACCCACACGCCGCCAGGGGGCUCUGCAAUCCCUACGGCCCAACUGCCACCAGACGGGAACAUCACAGCACCGCAGACCCCUUCUGAUGCUCCAUCUGGCCUCAGUGAAGAGCAGACGUUAUCGGCGAGUGACUUCUUCUUUGUUACUUAUCCUUUUGGUGAACCUUGUGACGGGGAGAGUGCGAGCUGUCCCUGUGGAGAUGACUGCCAGUGCAUUGGGUGUGUGAUUCACAAUAUUCCAGACCCAUCGCAGUCCAUUGAUCAGGAAGCAUGA